CGCCCGGUGCCCUCCCGAGUCCGCGGGUGGCUGUGGUCAGGUCAGACCCUCCCGAGGAGCUCCAUCUGGCUGCUGCUGAGAGGCUGAGAGGCACCAUGCCCGGGUCCCUUCUGCCGGCCCUGCUGAUCCUGCUGCUGUCCUUAGCCCUGCGAACCCAUGGGCAAGCCCAGGGCGACAAGAGCGGAGGAGACAAGAUCAUCGAAGGCGUCCCCUGCCAGACCGGCUCGCACCCGUGGCAGGUGGCCCUGCUCAGCGGCACUCAGCUGCACUGCGGCGGGGUCCUCCUCAAUGACCGCUGGGUGCUCACGGCCGCGCACUGCAAGAUGAGCGAGUACACCGUGCACCUGGGCAGCGACCGGCUGGACGACAAGAACGCGCAGAAGAUCAAGGCUUCCAGAUCCUUCCGCCACCCCCAGUACUCCACGAAGACCCACGUCAACGACAUCAUGCUCGUGAAGCUGAACCAACGCGCCAGGCUGUCCCCCAGCGUGAGGAAAGUGAAGCUGCCCGCCGGCUGCGAGGCCCCCGGGACCAUGUGCACCGUGUCCGGCUGGGGCACCACCACCAGCCCCGACGUGACCUUCCCCUCCAGGCUGAUGUGCACGGACGUGAAGCUCAUCUCGGCCGAGGACUGCAAGAAGGUCUACAAGGACCUGCUGGGGAAGUCCAUGCUGUGCGCCGGCAUCCCCGAUUCCAAGACCAACGCCUGCAACGGUGACUCGGGGGGACCACUGGUGUGCAGAGGCACCCUGCAAGGUAUAGUGUCCUGGGGGACGUACCCCUGCGGCCAGCCCAACGACCCAGGCGUCUACACGCAGGUGUGCAAGUUCACCGACUGGAUAAACAGGACCAUGAGGAUGCAUCGCUAGCCCGCUAGCCCGCUAGCCCACCGCCGAGCGUGCACCAGGCGUGCCCUGGAGGCAGAGGGUGCACGGGAGGACACGGACGGCCCUCUGUGGCUGAUCCUGCCACCUCUGGCUUCACCCUUCCUCAAGGGUGAAGUGGAAAGACUUCAACACGUCACGUUCACAGAAGAGUCAAAUUAGCAAGGACCCGGCACCGAAACCCUUGAGGGCGGGCACAGGUGCCUGUCGGCAGGGAACCGCGAACUCGGACAACCUCGGACUCCAUCGUUCCAUUUCCUUGAGGAAGAGCGUCAGCAAAUAAAAAUACAAAAUGCG